AUGGAUAACAUAUCCAUUCCCUCGAACAAUUACACAAUUGAAGAAAAUAUCUGUGAACGUCAUUUUUUGGACAACACGUCCCAAGACUCUCAAGGCAGAUAUAUAGUCAAGCUCCCGGUCAAGGAGCAGAUGCUAGAGAAAAUCGGUGAUUCUCGUGAAACAGCUCUCAAACGUUUACGGGAGAUUGAAAAGCGGUUCAAGCGCAACCCCGCACUCAAAAUUCGAUACACGAAAUUUAUCAAAGAAUAUAAAUCGUUGGGGCACAUACGACGGUUAGAACCACCCAUUGCAGAAGAGCCGACAUCGUUUUAUCUCCCUCAUCAUUGUGUAUUCAAAGCAGUCGGACAAACGUCCAAGAUCCGAGUCGUUUUCGAUGCUUCUUGUCGUAGCAGUUCCGGCGUGUCCUUGAAUGACGCACUUCUAGUGGGCCCAAACGUUCAGCGGGACUUAGUUUCGAUUUUACUACGAUUCCGUUUCUUUUCUUGUGUCAUCACAGCCGACAUUACAAAGAUGUAUCGGCAAAUUUCAAUGCAUCCCUCUCAAACGCGCUUACAGAGAAUUCUUUGGCGCAACGACUCUUCUAUGAACGUCAAUACCUAUGAGCUCACUACCAUCACCUACGGCACAGCUUCCGCGUCAUUUCUAGCCACUAGGUGCCUUAAGCACUUGGCAGAUCAGUACACUCAUCAACUUCCGCGUGGUUCAGCAUGCGUCCUCCGCGAUUUUUAUGUCGAUGACAUGCUCACUGGAGCAGACUCCAUUGACGAAUUAAAGCUAAUCCGCGACGAAACCAUUCAACUAUUAAGAGCAGGGAUGUUCGAGUUAAGCAAAUGGGCUUCCAAUUGCCCGGAGUUACUGGAAACAGAUAAACGCGGCCGUGAGCCAGUCGCCAUCUGGAGACACGAUAACAUUACAGACUCUUGUAUUCUCGGCAUGCAGUGGAAUCAUUGUCAAGACACGUUCCAAUUCUCUUGCGAACCUGACUCUGAAAUCGGCAUUGUAUCAAAACGGCUCAUGCUUUCUAAAGUCUCAAAAUACUUCGACCCACUCGGCCUGCUAGGACCAGUCAUUGUGGUCGCAAAACUCAUUUUGCAAGAUCUGUGGCAAUUAGAUAUUCAAUGGGACGAAUCCGUCCCUCAGGAGAUUCACACGCGUUGGGUCACUUUCAAGACCCAAAUGAAGGCGUUGAAUCAAUUAACAAUUUCUCGAUGCGUUAAAUCCAAUAUCCAUCCGCUAGUUUUGGAGAUACACAGAUUUUGUGACGCCAGCCAGCGUGCAUUCGGAACUUGCAUAUAUCUUCGCACCAAGCUCGGACACAACGAAUAUCGCUCUACCUUGCUAUGCUCAAGGUCUCGCGUCGCCCCAUUCAAGGCUAUCUCGCUCCCGCGACUAGAAUUAUCAGCUGCCUUGUUGUUAGCGCAGUUAAUCGACAAGGUCAAAAACUCACUGGAGUUUUCGCAAUGGCCUAUUUAUCUUUGGUUGGAUUCGACCAUAGCAUUAAAUUGGAUAUCUUCUCCGUCUCGGCAGUGGUCAACCUUUGUGGGGAAUCGAGUAGGUGAGAUUCAGCGUCUGACAGAGAUCGAGCAUUGGCGCCACAUUGCAUCUCCCAACAACCCUGCUGACAUAUUAUCACGAGGACUAAAUCCCUUUGAUUUAGUCAAUACUGAGAAGUGGUGGAGCGGCCUCGAAUUUUUAAAAUGGGAUGAAGAGCACUGGUCGCCCAGCGUUUUCGUGCGUUUAGAAAGCGAUCUUCCCGAACGAAAGGAGGUCCGAGUUGCCGUCUCCAUCUCCCAUCCAUGUAUUGUCAGGGACUUACUAAAUAAGUAUUCAAAUUUAAGUAAAAUAUGCCGCAUCAUAGCGUACUGCCUGAGAUUUUCCAAGCUGCACCGCGCCUACGCAGUGUCUGACUUCGUGUCUCACGACGAAAUUUCGAUCGCUUUGAAUUAUAUUUGUAGAUCAAUACAGCGUCAAACGUUUCACAGCUAA